AUGGAAGAAGAAUUAAAGUAUAAAAUAUCCAUGCUGAAACAUCGGAAGGCAUUGAGGCCGGACGAUCUGUAUCCAGCCCCGUUCAAAGAAAGCGAAGAAUUCCUGAUGGCCUACCUAUCAUUGAUCGUCUGGCGGAUGCUUGAUGCAGCUCUUUUGUAUAGCCCGAAUGGGAAGAAUACUGUCAGUGGAAGAAAAUCUGUGGAGGAAGAUUUGCCUGCAAGUGAACAUACGGAGCUAGCAGCGACACCCAUGUCCUGCAUUCAGAAACUGGAUGAACUAAAGAAGGAGAUGCAAGAACUCGUGGCCAAAGAAGAUACACUAAGGAAUCAACUGCGGUCAUACAAUAAGGACACGGCGGAACUGAGCCAAAGUCAACUGAAGCGUCAGGUCGAAAAAAUCGUAAACGAGCUGCACGAUCGGCUAAGUCAGACUGCAAAAUAUACCGUUAUUCACAAAAGGUCA